GUGCACUUGACAAAUCCUUCUCUGUCAAACUGACAAAUGUUUCAGGUUUCCAAAAUUCCAUAAUAAAAGGCUUCUGUAAUACCUACUACAUAAAUAGGAUUUUCUAUUAUUCAAAAAACAUAUAUAACAUAAUCUUGAAUAUUUUUGUAACAACGUUGUAUUACCUAUGACAUCGUUGGAACAUGCAGCCCGUGUUCGUCGGCUUUAUAAGCUGAUAUUCAGAGUCCAUAGAGCUCUGCCGCCAGAGCUUAGGAUCAUGGGUGAUAACUAUGCAAGAGAUGAAUUCAAAAGGCAUAAGAAAUGUAACCCUGAGGAAGCAAAGAUAUUCCUCAACGAAUGGACGGACUAUGCAAUAACAUUAGCUAAGCAGAUGAAACCCCUACAGCAAGUGAAGAAGAAGAAAGUAGGUGAAUACCUAGACCCUCAACUUCUAGACCACAUGACUGAUGAGCAACUAGUUCAAUUGUAUGAACUCCACAAAGCAGCUACGGAACCCACUAGUAAAAACGACAUUGAAGAUAAGAAAUGAUUUAAGUUUAAGUAAUUUUGUUUCAGUAUCUGAAUUUAUUGAGAUAUUUCUUAUGGAUUGAGCUUAAUUUGAAAGAGGUUGAAGACAGAUCAUCAUCAUCAUAGAUUUUGUGUACAGAUAUGACAUAUGCUAGAUUAUUGAGAGCAUAAAUCAUUCAGGAGAUUACUGCAGCAAUAGGUGACAUGCCUUUCAUUAGCUUGAAACCAUUAAGACCUUACUUAACUCUCAUAAGUUUUAAACUGAUUCAGCCUUGCUUUUUUCCAACAAUGUUGAUAUUGACUUCUAUAAGUCUAUCCACUUGCAGUGGCAUACCUGUGUUUAGCCUCUAGCAAUAAAGUUCUAAUUUUGUGUUUACAAAACACAAACCAUGGACUUAAUUUGUAAUCUGGAAUCCAACCCAUACACUAAUACUUCAGAGAUUGGUGCUUUACCGACUAGGCCACUACCCUUCAUCAUGCAUCUUUGCUGAAAGACAUUGGGAGAGUAAAUUAAAUUCAUCGCAUAGUUGGAUCCAUAAGAAAUAGUUUACCCCGUUAUUGCCUCCAGUUUGCUUUGUAAUACACAGCCGAAUUCCCAAAACUGCUGCUUUCUAGCAUUUGUGUAGUCAAGCAAUUUAUGGACUCUGUGAAUUCAAUCAAACUAUUUGGUCGGUUUAAUAUCGCUCAGAUGUGUGCAUACGUGCAUUACGUAUUCAUUUAUGAGCCCUGUUAAAUGCGAUGUGCAGCUGUUUUGGGAAUUUGGAUAUGACACAAUUGUAUAGUGACUUUAGCAUUGACUGUACCUAAAUAGAUUGCCGUUCUUGCUGUGAUUUGGUGAUUUAAUCGUGAAGUUGCUGUAAAUAGUAUUAUGUAGUUGAGUUUGUAUUAUUUAUAAGUAGAAUAAUAAUAGAUCAAUUUGUUCAUCA